GAUGGAGACGUCCUGUGAAGCUGCAGCUGCUGGGAACUUUGGAGGAUUUGGGAGAUGUAGAACUGGAACGGUUCCAAUGGUUCCUGCAGGAUCAGGAGUUACUGGAUGGUUUCCAAGCCAUUAAAAAGUCCAAACUGGAGAAUGCAAACAGACUGAGAACAGUGGAUGUGAUGGUCGAGACUUACACGACUGAAAAUGUUAUGAAGGUGGCAGAGUUGGUUUUCAAGAAGAUGAAAGAGUAUGGAGGAAAACGAUCAUCAGCUGUUCCUGAGGAUCCAUCAGCUCGUGCAGCUGCUGCAGCAGCUGCUCUUAACAAAUGCCAGCCUAAACUCAAGUCAAAGCUGAAGAAGAAGUUCCAGUGUGUGUUUGAGGGCAUCGCUAAAGCAGGAAACCAAACCCUUCUGAAUCAGUUCUACACAGAGCUCUACAUCACAGAGGGAGGGACUGGAGAGGUCAAUGAUGAACAUGAGGUCAGACAGAUUGAAACAGCAUCCAGGAAACCAGACAGACCAGAAACAACCAUCAGACAAGAAGACCUCUUUAAAGCCUCACCUGGAAGAGAUGAACCAAUCAGAACAGUGAUGACAAAGGGAGUGGCUGGCAUUGGGAAAACAGUCUUAACACAGAAGUUCACUCUGGACUGGGCUGAAGACAAAGCCAACCAGGACAUACACUUCACAUUUCCAUUCACUUUCAGAGAGCUGAAUGUGCUGAAAGAGAAAAAGUUCAGCUUGGUGGAACUUGUUCAUCACUUCUUUAUUGAAACCAAAGAAGCAGAAAUCUGGUUUGAAGAGUUCCAGGUUGUGUUCAUCUUUGAUGGUCUGGAUGAGUAUCGACUUCCUCUGGACUUCCACAACACUGAGAUCCUGACUGAUGUUACAGAGUCCACCUCAGUGGACGUGCUGCUGACAAACCUCAUCAGGGGGAAACUGCUUCCCUCUGCUCGCCUCUGGAUAACCACACGACCUGCAGCAGCCAAUCAGAUCUCUCCUGAGUGUGUUGACAUGGUGACAGAGGUCAGAGGGUUCACUGACCCACAGAAGGAGGAGUACUUCAGGAAGAGGUUCAGAGAUAAGGCCAGCAGGAUCAUCUCCCACAUCGAGACCUCACGAAGCCUCCACAUCAUGUGCCACAUCCCAGUCUUCUGCUGGAUCACUGCUACAGUUCUGGAGGAUGUGUUGAAAACCAGAGAGGGAGGAGAGCUGCCCAAGACCCUGACUGAGAUGUACAUCCACUUCCUGGUGGUUCAGUCCAAACUAAAGAACAUCAAGUAUGAUGGACGAGCUGGGACAGAUCCACACUGGAGUCCAGAGACCAAGAAGAUGAUUGAGUCUCUGGGAAAACUGGCUUUUGAGCAGCUGCAGAAAGAAAACCUGAUCUUCUAUGAAUCAGACCUGACAGAGUGUGGCAUCGAUAUCAGAGCAGCCUCAGUGUACUCAGGAGUGUUCACACAGAUCUUUAAAGAGGAGAGAGGACUGUACCAGGACAAGGUGUUCUGCUUCGUCCAUCUGAGUGUUCAGGAGUUUCUGGCUGCUCUUCAUGUCCAUCUGGCCUUCAUCAACUCUGGAGUCAAUCUGCUGUCAGAAGAGAAAUCAACCUCCCUGUUGUCUAAACUGUUGAAAGAAAAAUCAAAACAUUUCUACCAGAGUGCUGUGGACAAGGCCUUACAGAGUCCAAAUGGACACCUGGACCUGUUCCUCCGCUUCCUCCUGGGUCUUUCACUGCAGACCAAUCAGAUUCUCCUACGAGGUCUGCUGACUCAGACAGGAAGUGGCUCAGAGACCAAUCAGGAAACAGUCCAGUACAUCAAGAAGAAGGUUGAAGAGACUCCCUCUGCAGAGAAAAGCAUCAACCUGUUCCACUGUCUGAAUGAACUGAAUGAUCGUUCUCUAGUGGAGGAGAUCCAACAGUCCCUGAGUUCAGGACGUCUCUCCACAGAUAAACUGUCUCCUGCUCAAUGGUCAGUUCUGGUCUUCAUCUUACUGUCCUCAGAAAAAGAUCUGGAUGUGUUUGACCUGAAGAAAUACUCUGCUUCAGAGGAGGCUCUUCUGAGGCUGCUGCCAGUGGUCAAAGCCUCUAACAAAGCUCUACUGAGUGACUGUAACCUCUCAGAGAGAAGCUGUGAAGCUCUGUCCUCAGUCCUCAGCUCCCAGUCCUCUAGUCUGAGAGAUCUGGACCUGAGUAACAACAAUCUGCAGGAUUCAGGAGUGAAGAUGUUGUCUGUUGGACUGAAGAGUCCACACUGUUCACUGGAGACUCUCAGCCUGUCAGGCUGUCUGAUCACAGAGGAAGGCUGUUCUUCUCUGGUCUCGGCUCUGAGUCUCAAUCCCUCCCAUCUGAGAGAGCUGGACCUGAGCUACAAUCAUCCAGGAGACUCAGGAAUGAAGCUGCUGUCUGCUGGUCUGAAGGAUCCAGACUGGAGACUGGACACUCUCAGGGUGGAGCCUGGUGGAGUCCGAUGGUUGACACCAGGUCUGAGGAAGUAUUCCUGUCGACUCACAAUCGACACAAACACAGUGAACAGAAAACUCAAACUGUCUGACAACAACAGGAAGGUGACAGGAGUGAAGGAGGAUCAGUUAUAUCCUGAUCAUCCAGACAGAUUUGACUUCCAGCCUCAGCUGCUGUGUAGAACUGGUCUGACUGGUCGCUGUUACUGGGAGGUCGAGUGGAGAGGAGGAGUUGAAAUAUCAGUGAGUUACAGAGGAAUCAGAAGGAAAGGAGGCAGAGACUGUUUGUUUGGAUGUAACGAUCAGUCCUGGAGUCUGUACUGUUCUGAUGAUGGUUACUCUGUCUGGCACAAUAAGAUAUGGACAGAUCUCCCCUCCUCCUCCUCCUCCUCCUCCUCCUCCUCCUCCUCCUCCGUCUCUAACAGAGUAGCAGUGUAUGUGGACUGUCCUGCUGGCUCUCUGUCCUUCUACAGAGUCUCCUCUGACUCUCUGAUCCACCUCCACACCUUCAACACCACAUUCACUCAACCUCUUUAUCGUGGGUUCUUCAUCUGGCCUGGUUCCUCAGUGUCUCUGUGUUGAGUGUAGCAGAGAGAGUCUCCUCCUGUUAGAGAUCAGUCCAGUCCAGGAUCACAGCAGCUGAUGUUAUUUAGUACCAACCUGAUCUCUGGCUGGUUUUAACUGCAGAGUGUAAACCCAACAUGUUUUUGUUGUCGACCACUUUAUCUGUUCAGUGCUGUUUUGAUGUGUCUUUCACUGGAGGAGGAGGCACCACUUAUCAUCCACUUACAGAGCAGUCUUGAGAUCAGGCAGUUUCACACCACAACUCAUUUGACCUCAAAGACUCUCAAGAUGUUAACAACCCCAGUGUAAACCCCUAGUCUCCCCACCAGUCAAUUAGAACUGUAGAACCUUUCAGAUGAGAGGUGGAAUGUCUUCAAGAACCUCGAGAACGUCCAGCUGCCUUCAUAUAAAACUGAGAACGUGACACUUACUGUUCAUGAAAUGAAAAGUAUUAAAGGUUUUCUGUGUGGAGUUUGCAUGUUCUCCCAGUGCCUGUGUGGGUUCUCUCUGGGUACUCCGGCUUCCUCCCACUGUCCAAAGACAUGCAGGACUCAUGGGGGUUUUACUAUCCAGUCUACAUGUGUCUUGUGGACUUGGAGAAGACCUAUGACCAUGUUCUACAAGGGACCUUGUAGGGGGUACCAGGGCUGCUUGUGAUAUUCAUGGACAGGAUGUCAAGGUGAAGCCAAGCCAACCCUAACCUAUAGUCCUGAGCUCUGGGGAGUGACCAAAGAUGAGAUCAUGGAUACCAGAAGUGGUAGUUUCCUCCACAGGGUGCCUGGGCUUCGCUUUAGAGAUAGAAUGAUGAGUUUGGACAAGGAGAGAGCUCAGAGUAGAGAUGCUAUAUUGUAUCUAAAGGAGCCAGUUGAGGUGGUUCGUGCAUCUGAUCAGGAUGCCUCCAGGGUGCCUUCCUUCAGAGGAUUUCCAGACACCCAAUUGAGAGGAGACCCAAGACAGACCCAGAACUCGCUGGAGAGAUUACAUAUCCCAUCUGACCUGGGACCUCAGGAUCCCUCAGGAGGAGCUGGAAAAUGUUGCUGGGGAGAUGGAAGUCUGGAAUAGUUUGUUUAGCCUGCUGCCACUGUGACCUGACCCCAGAUAAGAUGGACGGAUGGGUUUAGGCAAAACCUAAUAAAUUAUCUUCAUUUUUAUAAGUUUGUUGUCGUGAAAUUCUGAGUUUUCUCAUUAAGAAUGUUUACAGUGUUUGUUUAAAGAACACACACACCACAGAAGUCAGUGAAACAAAGUGCAAAAGUCUCAUCCUGCAGAAACUUUAUAACAUCAGAUUUCCAUCAUGAAAUAUAAACACACACAGACAUCUUUGUUCUAAUGCUACAUCUUCCCUCUCAUCGUCCCCUUUCAAAAUAAAACAAUUAUUAUCUCUGUUCUGCAAAAACUCUAAAGACACAGAAAAAAUAGAUUUACACCUGAAAUCAGAGCCAGAAGAGGAGGAACAGAGUUUGUGCUUUCAGUGCAGUAAAGACAAUUAGAGUUCAGUUAGUAUUCAGUCAGUGCCCUGGUUCAGUCUGUUCAUGUGUAUAUAUACUGUAUGUAAAACAUCUGCAUUCUGCAUCAAACCACAGUUAAAGGAGAACUCUGGUGUUUGGCUGAUCUGGGAGGAUUUUAAUGGAUCAGGUUGUUGUGGGUUUUAGUAUCUGAGGAUCAGGUCACAUCGAAUCCAUUCUCCAGUUCAAACUGAGAAAAUAAAGAGAUUAAAAACUAAAUCAAAGCUCAAACUCGGGUGUGUGUGUGGGAGCUGUGGCUACCAGUGGACUCCUUUCUGUGAAAGGAGGGUGUGGAUUGAUUAACUUUGACUUACCUGUGUUGGCUUUGCACUAGUGUGUGCUGAUUGUAGUUUAUCCUGGUCCCUUGGUUAUUUUCUUCCGUUUGAGCACCAGUGUCUUUCAUUUGUGAAUAAACUCAAUUUUUUUGGUUACACAUUGA